GGAGUGGGGUCCUGUCCUUCUGCGCAUGCGCCGUGAGUGCAGCUGCCGUCGCCAGACAGCAGCAGAGCACCGAGGCACCGGGACGGUCUCUGCGUUCCACCGACAGAACCACGUUAAAUCUCCACAAAAUGAAGUUUCCGUCCUCAUACACUCACGAGGAUAUGGUGGUGAGAGGGUGUCCCAUGCUGCAUUAGUGGAACCGUGACAUGCUGGCCUGUCUGCCGGCAUCAGGUGACCCCACCGUCAGACUUCUCUCCCGCACGCAGAUGAACACUGGACUUCAGAAAUGGGAAACUACACAGAAGAUGAGAUCUGCCAGCUAUCCAACCCCAGCAGAGUUGGAUGCCUUUGCUAAGAAAAUUGCCAACAACCCUCUGACCAUCCAGAUCUUCCCCAACAGUGUCAAAGUGCCUCAAAGGAAACACAUUCGACGCACAGUGAACGGGCUUGACACGUCCUCGUCCAGCCAGCGCCACAGUCCCUACCCCUCUCAGGUCAGCGCCAGCAGGGGCCUGCUAGCCGUCCUCCGUGCGCCUGCCAAAGGCGUCAUCAAAGAGUCUGACGGCAGCCGCGCCCGGCAGCUUGAUAAGGGCAACAUGAACCCUCACAGUGGGCCGUACGCCACUCAAAGCACUUUAAAUCAUCUACAGGGCCAGGCCCAGGCUGCCCAGAAGCAGGGAAUGGUUCACCCACAGGUUCUGCAGCAGCAGCAGCAGCAGCAACAACAACAACAACAACAACAACAACAGCAGCAGCAGCAGCAGCAACAACAACAACAACAACAGCAUCAACAACAACAGCGGCAGCAGCAACAACAGCAGCAGCAGCAGCAAAGUAUGACUCACCCAAUGACUCUACAGCAGCCUCAAACCAUGCCUCACCCAGGGGCUCUGCAGCAGAGGAACACGGCUCACUCUCAGGCUCUGCAGCGGCAGCAGAGUUUGUCCCAGGUUCAGACUUCACAGCAGCAGAGAUUGGCUCACCCACACACUCAGCCUCCUCAGCAGCAGCAGCAGCAGCAGCAGCAGCAGCAGGGUCAGUCCUGCCCUGCAGUCGUACCACAGCAGCAUCUUUCUCAUCUGCAGACACUAAAGCAUCAGGCGGCUCCUCCACAAGCUUUACUUACACAACAAGGAGUGACUCAGGAUCUGCGCCACAUAUCUGAUGGUCUGCAGCACACCCAGGGGCUUGCAGGCUCACAGCCUCUUCCCCAGGAUGGGGCUGCAGGACCCCCAACCAUGCCUAAUAGCCUCCAGCAGCCCCCACCCGGGGCUUACGGGCCACGGAAGCUCCCUGAUGCAGACGCUCCACCAAAUGUUACUGUAUCUACCUCCACCAUCCCACUGUCAAUGGCGUCCGGCCUGCAUCAGAACCGGCCCAGUGACAUAAGCAGUAUUGUGCACCAAAUCAACCAGUUGUGCCAGGCACGGGCAGGCAUGGGCAGCACCUCAGUCUGUGAGGGCCAGAUUGCAAACCCCGGCACCAUCAGCCGCAACCUGCUGAUCAACGCCAGCUCCAGGGUGUCCUCUCACCACCCGGCCCUGGGCUCCGGGCCCAGCUGCCUCAUGGUGGGCCCCCCAGACAAGGGGGCAGCUAUGACUCCCAGUGCUGGGCUGCAUUCACAGCCAAAUAUAGCUGCUCCUAAUAGUAUACCUGCUUUUCACACCGACCCAGAGAAGGUAUCACUGCAGCAGCAGCAGCAGCUUCAGCACCAUUUACAUCAGCAGAAACAACAACAGCAGCUGCAGCAGCAGCAGCAACAUUUACAACAGAUGCAGCAGCUGCAGCAGCAGCGCUCCUGGGCCCAGCACCAGCUGGCCCACAUGCAGCAGCCUCCUGAGGGGGCCCAUCCCUGCAAGAACCCGAGGAUGGAGGGUCCGGCCGAGUGUUCUUUCCCCUCUCGAAACCUAAGCUAUUCUCACAAGCUACCAAACACUACACAAUCCUUUCCUCUGAAACACCCUGCUGAAAAACCACCAUCUUCAUCCCCUGUUAACUGUGCAGUAGGUUCUAUGCCUUACAUUAAUAGCCACUACAUGCAGCCACUGUGGGGGGGCCUUCCAGCCACAGCAGGGAACAAUGGAUCUGGCCCUCAGGACCUCCCUGUGACUUACCAGGGCGGGCAGGCAGCUGCCUCCACAGAAAGAAUCCCAGGGGCAAAGUAUCGGCCAGGGAAAGAGGGUCCGGGUGGACCUUCCAAGUUGAUGCAGAAUGUGGAUUACUUAGGAGGGGACUUCCAGAUGCCCGGCUUUCAGGAGCAGAACUUGGAUGUUAUUGAGAAGAUGCACAGGUCAGCAAUGGGCCAUGUUCAGGAUCCCAGCAAUGGAGGAACUGUCCACACUCACCACCCAGGCUACCGUUAACAUGUGUGCUUGCCCCCUCUUGGUGUCUUGAGUUGAGUCUCAACAGCUACUUUCAGCUUCUGUGGUUUAUUCUUUAAGAUCUUGCAAGUGAUCGAUUAGUUUAUUGCUGCGGAGCUUGAUUUGUAGACCCACCAGGUUGUGAUGUUUCAAAGUGUUCCUCAGGUCUUAAGCCAUGUCGUACCUUCUGUUGCAGAUGAAGGGUUUUUGAGAUGGUUGAAUAGAAAAUCCCUCUUUUCGUCACUGGCAUGUAUUUGAUGCUCUUUCUUCGUGUACAUGAUGUGUUCUGACACAUUCGUUUGCAGCUGAGAAUAUUCUCACUAUCUAAUCGUCACAGUACUUUUUUCCCAGCAUCUGUGGCCUUACAACUGCCCAGAGGCGAGACUUAGGCUGUCUGCGCGUCACGAUUUUAUUUGCAGUUUUUUAUCCUCUUCACAGAUCUGUGAUCCAUUUAAACACGAAGGUUACAUGUAUAUGCAAUUAACAAGACUGUUGAAAAGGCUUUAGUCCCAGGAGCUCCCCCCUGUAGUUGAUGCAGACACUGGUGAAGAGCCACGUCGACUCCCAUCAGGAAUACAUGGCUUCCGAAUUGUGCUCCGAGUGUUCCCGGUAGUCCUUGCUUUGUUGCAUGGGGGGGGCACCGUGUACGAAGUGCUCACAGCUUUAGUGAAAAAUAAGACAACGGCCAGCUCUCGCAAAACCGGGAACAUUCUCCAUUCCUGAGAUUUGCGUGGUUUCUCAAGUAGACACUAGGUUUCUCUGUCGUUAAAAAAAAGUUUAAAGUGCCCUCUUGUGUGUAAUAUGUCAAGAUUUGCGUUUGAAGUAGUUAUUACUUUAUUAAAUGUUUCGUUUUAUUUCAGUAGAUGGUCUAACUUGAACAGUAGAAAGACUUUUUUUAAUGUUAUGGUUAACAUUUGGCAAAAGGAGCAGAGACUCCACUAGCCCCUAUUUGUCUAAGCUAAUGUGAAGCCGAGUAACAGCCCAUUGUUAUAGAAAUGGUUUACGUGUCGGUGUGUGAAAAUCACUUGCAACAUGCAAGUACGAAUAAAUCAGGCGGAGGAAAAUGCUUUAUUUCCCAGUUUCAACAUAUUUCCUCACCACUUUGCUACUGUAACGUGUAUCUGUAUCUACUCAUCACUGGCCUUACCCUGCGUCCUACUUCUGCUACCUAUAAAGAAACACAACUUUCACUGCAGGUUGUUCUGCUAGAAGUUUCUAGCACAACGCUCCGGAUCUGUUUCCCCUCGUCCGUUUUUUUGGGGUCGAUGUUGUUUGGGCAUAUGUUCAUCAAGCCUUCUGGAAAAAGCCUUAAAUGUCCCAGUGAUAAUCCUCCACUUCAAACUUUACUGACCUUUUGUUGCUUAGAGCCCGACUUUAGGCCAAAUGCACAUUACUACAUUUCUGUAGAUGUGUCCUGACAUCGCAGCAAUGCUGAGUUUCAGAGACGCUGAAACACUGCCGGCCCCGUUUUAGUUUGAAAAGUCCUGGACAGGAUGUUUGGAAAGGACGACGUGGACGCUCACAACCUCAUGUUGGGUUUUUCUGUCAGGAUGUAGCCUUUGCUGAUUCGUCAGGGUCCUAUCACAUGACCCGCUUUAGGAAGAGAACAACAGAGGCUCGGCUACAGAACACAACACAGAUCACUUACAAACAUUGCUGAGUCUGUUGUGUUUGCUAAAAGCUGUUGUGCAAUUAGAUUCUGCAUUUCAUAAAAGAUACACCUGUAAACGUGAAGGAGACGAGAUGUUCCUGGUUGUGUCCUGGUUGUAGUUCAGCACUUUCUGCACCUGAAGCCUGUGUUCCAGGAUUAAACCUGAUACGGAGCCAAAACGUGUGUGUGGACGUUUCAACUGAAAACGUUAAAGUUCAAACGUAGUCUGGAUGUAAACUUAGUUUGGCUUCAUCCUGAGAAAGAGUUAAGUUAUUCUUUUCCUUGUUGAACCUGUACUGUCAGAUCAGUGGGCAUUGUUAACGUGUGUGUGUGUGUGUGUGUGGGGGGGGGGGGUUGCCUUAAAUGGAAAUACUAAGGUAAUAACUGUCGAUAAAUAACCCGUCAUUCUGUCUGAGGUGUCGCUUCUCUAUUGAGGAUUUAAGAUGAUUUUAAGUAAAUAUAAAUAGUAUUUAGCAGAAUUACUAGGUAUGUAGAACAGGGCUGUAGCAGUUAUUUAAAAGUAUUUGAUCUGUGUUUUAGUUGUUAUUCCUAAUAAAUAUCCUGAUAUAGUUUAAUUUAUUUUCUGGGACCACUGCAUCCUGAAGCCAUAGGGGAUUUCCCAUUAGUGACACAUCGACGCAGACGAGUGUAAACGAGAGUCUGACCUCCGAGGCAAAUAAGAGGAUUUGAGUCUUCGCUCUUUCUGGGUGCGGAGCCGUUCCUCAGAACUCUGAUGGGGGGGGGGGGGCGUACCGGUUCUGGAUUUUGGUCUUCAAACUUAACGGCAGUUUUUUAGUUUCUUUUCAUUUCCUGGCUCUCGUUUUGGAUGUGCCUGCUCCUCGAAGCUGCUAUUGAAUUUAAUCUUAACACACACUAGUAUGUUUUUUGUGUGUGUGUGAAAAGUGAUGAUGUACGGGCUGUAUCGGUGAAACAAGUUGUUAUUUAUGGGAUGGGUGAAGAUUAGCUGUCCUCUGUUGUCUCUUGAAGCAGGAGUUGGCUCUUAAUGUAUAAUAAUACGUGAGCAGUGUUUGAAGUGGCAGAGGGAUCAGCAGGCAUCUGUCUCACUGUGGCCUAAAGACAGACGCCUCACAUCCAGAGACACUGAGUGCACCCCCGCCCUGUGAACGCUGAACUGCCUCGUCACAGCCCCCGACAGUCAGGUCUACACUUUCAUAUGAAGUGCCUCCACUGGGCUUGGUAUGGAGAGACGUGUGAGUGGAUGCUUGUGUGUGAGCGUGGAUGUUGAGCUUGGGUACUUGCACACAGGUGUGCACGAAGUGGAUCUCUCACAGGGGACCAAGCUACUUAGUGUAACUACUGAUACUGUGUCAUGGACUGAAGUCCUGAAGUGUGCCACGACUCCUAGACACUGUCUGGAUGUGUGAACUGUUUGCUGCUGACUCACUGACCAAAGUGACCAAGCGUCCCUCUCUGUGUCCCCCCCCCCCCCCCCCCGACGGCGGCGGGAGCUCGUUAUGUUCCGACUGUGAUGAGCAACAAGCCGGUGACGCGACUCGUUGGCCGGUCAGAGAGAAUCUUGUGAAGUAGUGAACUCACCGUUUGCUCCACAGAACAUGUCAACGUGCACUGUGAGAAUCUACUGCGGCUCUCAGAAGUCGUGUUGUUAUUUAUUGUGGCAGGUAUGAAACAACGCUCUGGGUUUAUUUCUACUCCCGUCAUCGACCGUCUGUGAUCAGAGACGCAUCGUGUGGGUGUGGGGGGGGCGUACUUUCUCUACUUUGUGGAAAUGUGAUAUUCCAGUUUUGCCUAACCUUCAGGAAUAAAAUGUCUUGCACAAACAUUCCCCCUAACCAAAAUAAAGUUUGCAAACACAAAGAU